UUAGGGUUUCAAAGUCGCCCCUUUUUCAUUUCCUGUUCAAUUCUCACAAUUUCUACAUCUGUCUUCUUCAACAAAUUCGGGAACUUUCCAUCUUUCCAUCUUACGAUCUGCUGCAUCGAUGGUGAGGGGUUCAUCUCAAUCUCAGUCCUCCUCCUCUUCUUCCAAUUCCCGACCAGGACCUGUCGGCGUCGCACCUCGCGGCUCCCCUGCUGCCACUGCUGGCCUGCGACGCCGUCGUCUUGCCACCGGAUCGUCCUCCAGCGUCAGUAAUGGAACCGGUGGUAAUACCGGAGGCAACAUGCUCAGGUUCUACACUGAUGAUGCUCCCGGCGUCAAAAUCACUCCGACCGUUGUCUUAGUUAUGAGUGUUUGCUUCAUCGGCUUUGUCACUGCUCUUCAUGUGUUCGGUAAGCUCUACCGUCGAUCCUCCGUCGAAGCUUGAUUUUACACGGAUCUCGUCUAAUCUUUCAUGCUUUUGUUGUAUGAUCUGAGCUUUCUUGAUCGGCGCCAUUAAUUUUGUGCUGUGUAAAUUUGAUCUAGAUGCUCAGAUCUUGUUUCCAGGUUAUCGUUCCAAAAGAUAAAGAAAUAAAAAGGUUUAGUUUUAUGAAUCA